CGUCGUUGAGUGACGUAUGUACACACGUGCGCACGAGCUGACAUAACAUCGCGGGUGAUCAUAUUCGUCAAUGAAAUACAUGUUAGUUUGAAACUGUGAAGUGCUGACUGCGAUGCGCGAAUGAGUUCGUUAAUCAACAUGGAGGGGUCAGGUUCGAGCUCUGGGCGCGCCAUCGGCCGGGAGCACCUGUCCCACCUGCCGCAACGUCCUCCGGUCAACCUCAGUUUCCAGGACCUCACCUACACCGUGCACAUCGGGAAGAACCCCAAAAUAAUAUUGCGCGGAGUCAACGGGGAAUUCAAGUCUGGUCAGCUGACCGCCAUACUGGGGCCUUCGGGAGCUGGGAAAAGCACUCUAUUGAAUAUCCUCGCUGGAUACAGAGUGAACGGAGCCAGCGGCCAUAUAUAUACCAAUGGUGAACCUCGGAAUCUUCGUCAGUUCAGGAAACUGUCCCGGUACAUAAUGCAGGAGGACUUGCUGCAGCCCUACAUCACCGUGCUGGAGGCGAUGUCCAUCGCCGCAGACCUGAAGCUUGGUAGUGCUAUUACUGAACAAAAAAAAGUUGUCGUGGUGGACGAGAUUGUACAACUGUUGAGGUUGGGUAAAGCGAAGAACACGCCGACGGAGCGGCUCUCUGGUGGUGAGAAGAAGAGGCUGUCCAUCGCCCUCGAGCUGCUCAACAAUCCUCCAGUUAUAUUCCUCGACGAACCUACUACUGGUCUGGACGACGUGUCGUCUUCUACGUGCGUGUCGUUGCUGAAGCGGGUGGCCCGCGGUGGGAGGACGGUGGUGUGCUCGGUGCACACGCCGUCUGCGCGGCUGUUCGCACAGUUCGACCUGGUGUACGUGGUAGCAGGCGGCCGCUGCGCCUACCAGGGCUCCGCUGCCGCCUUAGUGCCCUUCCUGCGGCAGCUCCAAGUGCCCUGUCCUACCACGCACAAUCCGGCAGACUUCGUUAUAGAAGUAUCUAGCGGAGAAUAUGGUCCCCACACCGACAGAAUGGUGACGGCAAUAGACAACGGCCGGUGUCAGAAGUGGCGGCAGACAGAAGAGGAGGCAGACCACUCCCAGGAUAUGGAGCUGGAGCAGCUGAACUCUGGCGGCGUGGAGAAACACAACUUCAAGCACGGCAGCACCGCGUGCCAGCAGUUCCACAUACUGCUGCGGCGGAUGUUGUUACAGACUGUUAGAAAUAAGGGCUAUUUAUGGCUACGGGUGUGCAUGCAUUUGUUCCUGGGGGCUAUAAUAGGGCUCCUAUUCUGCAACAUGGGCUACGAUGCCUCCAAGACUAUCUUCAAUUUUGGCUUCUGCUACGCUUGUAUAAUAGCGAUGCUGUACAUACCCAUGAUGCCAGUGCUCUUAGCAUUCCCAAAAGAGGUGCAGCUAGUCAAGAGGGAGUACUUCAACAGAUGGUACGGUUUGAAGGCGUACUACGCGGCGCUGGUCGUCUCCAGAACACCCGCUACCAUCUUCUUCAGUCUUCUAUACUUGGUGCUCACGUAUCCCAUCACGUCGCAGCCGCUGGAGCUGCACAGGGUUCUGAUGUUCGCAACUAUAUGCGUCACAGUUGCUCUGAUAUCCGAAUCUAUGGGAACGGUCAUAUCAUCUACUCUGAGUGUUGUUAAUUCGGUAUUCUUGGGCCCUGCGCUGAGCGUGCCCCUAAUGUUGCUGGCAGUGUAUGGAUUGGGCGACGGUGACCUGCCGCCGCCCAUCAUCUGGAAGCUGGCGAGGUCGUGCUCCUACCUGCGGUACGGGAUGGAGGGGCUGGUGGCCGCCGUGUAUGGAGAGAGGAAGGAAGAUCUCGUGUGUCCUGAUGAUAUAGACUACUGCCAGUACAAUAACGUCGCCGAUUUCGUGAGACUGAUUGGUAUGGCGGGGGUGUCGUUCUGGUUCGACUUCGGUGUCCUGGUGGUGAUACUGUUGAUCAUGAACUUCGCCGCGUACUACCUGCUGCGGCAGAGGCUCUCGCCCAACUACGCCUUCAGAGGCAUCAGGCUCAUUGGCAACUUCAUCAAGAACAAGAUGAGCAUCUCACGCCAAUGAUAUCACUAUACUACAUAUCAUCAUUAUCAUUAUCACUACCAUUAUUAU